GAUUAAGGGUGACAUCACGAGAGAAAAUCUAAUAUUUCAGUGAAGUAAAAUCACUUCGGGUUUCGUGAACCGAGUGUGAACUUGAGAUAACUUUAACAAUGAAGGCUUCUCUGGUGACAGGCUUGGUUUUCUGUUUUGCGAUUUUCAGCCUGGGCUCUGCACUCCGUUGCUAUAGAUGCACCAAUUACUCUGGAAAGUGCACUAAUGUGCAGGAAUGCGGCUAUGAGGACGCUUGCCUUACGUUACAUGAAAGAGGAGGGAAGAUUAUCCGCCAGUGCAUCCGGCACACGGACUGUGAAAAUGCUCGGCUGUCUCAGAUGUUUCCUGCGGUGUCUUCCUUCACCCACGGUUGCUGCAGUAGUAACUUGUGCAAUGGCAGUCCCGCCACCAUGAUCUCUAAGCCCUUACUGGGGACGUUGGCGUCCCUCUUUGUCUUCUGGUGGUGCCUGCUUUAAAACCUUGGGACACAGCUCAAUUGUCACUGUCUAACUGUAUCACUAAUUAUCUGGGGUGUGUUGCUAGAUAGGAAACAAAAACGCUGCAAAUAACGUUCCAGAUCUGCGCAUUUUCUGCUUGUUUCAAGCAUGUUUUUAUUAAUACGGGUGUAUUAAUAAAUAUACAAUAACAUUUAUUUCAUUGCAGUUGUAAUUUUUGUACGUCCUCGGAAUGGAUUGACUUAUCGAUUGUUUUUCUGUAAAAGCAUAAUGACCGUUUAAGGACAACUUCAGAAAGUCUACACUUAUGCUGAUCAUAGUGAAAUACCAUGCAUAACGGUCAAAGAAACGUUCUAAAUGUGGCAAAUGCAGGAUGUGUUGAUGAAAAGGAAUUAUUUGUAAUAAUUUUCAUAAACAGCGUGAUUUUCUGAGAAAAUGUACGAAACUAAACAAUCCUCUUUUGUGUGUGUAAAUAUGGAUUUUGGCAUUUUAGAUCUUUAAGCAAAACGGGAUUGUGAAGAAUUUUGUAUUUUUCUUUUACUUUUGGUAAGAAGGAGGAUGUUCUGUGUUCUUUCUUGAAAUGUUAAUUUCAAGGUCCCUGAUGAAGUAAGCCUGUAAGAAGUUAGACUGUGGCACAAAGAAAGUUAGGAGUCACUCUUCUAAGCAUUAAAAGCAUUUAACAAUAACAA